AUGCGUCGCAAUCGUCCGAGCGCCUUGGGCGACCCCUCCGUGCCUCCCCAGCGUCUCCACUCGCUCCGCACUUCGUCUCGUCGCCUCCCGCGCUCGUCGUCGUCGUCGUCAGCUGCCGCGUCGGUCGUCUCCCGUCCCUCAUCGAGGCUUAUCCCGCGAAAACAGGAUAAGCAAAAGCAGCAUACGAAUCCGCGGCGACGCGAAGUCACUGUUUCGAGUUCAUCCGAUAGUGACAAUGCCACGCCCGACGACGAUCAAGAAGCUCACCAUGACGGCGAAGAACUAAUGACCGCGUACGAACGCCAACGACUGGCAAAGAUCCAGCGCAACUUGGCAUUUAUGCAGCAGAUGGGCGUCUCAACCGCCAAGAUAGCAGCCAGAACAGCCAUUGAAGCACAGGGUCGUGGCGGCAGCAGUAGCAGUGCUACUACGACUGGUGCUGCUGCUGCUGCUUUGGAGGCCAAACGGCAGCAACGAGCUGCUGCUCGAGCCAUACAGGCUGCUCGCAGGGCCGAGCGCCUGAGUCAGCCGAUUCGGAAGUCGAGACGGCUGGAAGGCAAGCAAGUGGAGGUGCAGCCGAUCGAGUCAAUUGAUCAGUUUGAGCUGGAUCAGACGCGGCGCUCGCCGCGUCGUCUUGUGCGAGGUGGCAGCAGCAGCAGUAUGCCGGUGAUGGAUGCAGUGGAUGGUGAGAGUCGAGCGUUCUUGGGAACGUUCAUGACGGCAGCGUCGGAAGACGAAGCGCUGGCCGAUGACACGGUCGUUCUUGCUGAAGACGAUAGUGACAGUGAGAACAUGGACGACGGGUACCAGGUCGAGUAUGCGCUGGCCGAUGAAGAUAUUGUCAAGGCCGUGCAAGCACGGAUCUACUCGAUGGCGUUUUUGCCGCGUGCAGACCGUGUGGUGGUUGCAUGUGGGGACAAGAUGGGUCAUGUGGCUCUAUGGACACCGCUGGCUGCAGCAAACGUGAAACAAGAGAGCUCAGUGUCGCCGCUGGCAGUGUACAGACCACACGAUACUCCUGUGAGUCAAUUGAUCUUUUCCGAGUCGUCUAAGCUAAUUUCAAGCAGCUUCGAUGGCACCGUGCGCGAGUUUGAUUUGCGUGCCGCAAAGUCAUCAGUGGUCUAUGAUACGAGCGAAGAUGCAGGCAUUUCGUCGCUUGCAACAGCAAGCAUGGCGCAGUGCUAUUAUGCGAGCUGCGAUGAUGGCACGGUUCGGCUGAUUGACCGGCGUGCGCAAAGCGUGCUGAGCUCGCGUUAUCAACUGCACGAGAAAAAGAUCAACACGGUGCACCAGCACCCUGGUGCCGAGUUCUGCAUCGCAACGGCUUCUUUGGACCGCACCGUAUGUCUGUGGGAUGCUCGCAAGAUGUCCGCUGAGCAAAGCGUACCGUUGGUGACAUUGCCGCACCACCGCAGUGUGAAUUGUGCCUAUUUUUCUCCGCGAGAUGGCGCGUGGCUGGUAACGGUGGGACAGGAUUCGUUCAUUGACAUGUUUGACACGUCGAGUCUCACCGAGCAUAAGCUCGCAGACAAGCCCGCGAUUGCCUUGCCCAAGCCGAUCCGAGUUCGGCACAACAACAUGACCGGCCGAUGGCUCACGAAGCUCCACGCCGCCUGGGAUCCCAAGCGACCGAAACACUUUGUGCUCGGCUGCUUGGAGCAGCCACGCCGAAUCCAGAUCUUUCGUGCUGGCCGUCGCCGUCCCGUCCGUGAGCUCAUGAGCGACAAUUUUGCUUCUGUGCACUCAAUCAAUGCUUUUCACCCUCAUCUGGAGCUGAUUGCAGGUGGCAACUCUUCUGGCCGACUCGCUCUUUGGCGUGGCACGAAGGUCGACAAAGAUGACGGCGUCAAAGCCGAUGAUGACAAAAGCCAAGUGCGUGUGAAGACUGAACAGUGA